AUGCUUGGACCCCUACCGAAGAAAAUGAUGCUCACAAUGAAACUGCAAUAUUAUGACUCUGCUCCAAGCGACUACAUGCCAAAUGGAUUUAAAGUUGAUGAGAAUCCACAAAUGGUAUUUGAAAGUGGACCCGUAAAUCUUAAGGUUGGAUUGAUUAAUACGUUACGUUUCAGCAUGCGCAUGCUCGUUCAUGCGUCGCCUAGCCUAAUUAUCGCACCGCCUGAAAAAUUGAAGUCAGCAUUAGAAGUUUCAAAGACGCAGCCGGAAUUGGAGGAACAAGCUGAGGAAAAUUUUGAAGUCGCCUGUCCCUGUGGUGUCAACUGCGAUGAUGGUGUUAUGAUUCUAUGUGAUGGUUGUGAAAAGUGGCAACACGCAGUUUGCUUUCGAAUUAUUGAUGAUUCAGAUAUUCCGAAGUCUCACCUGUGCAAUAUCUGCGCUGAAACGAAGCCUGAGCUACUCGAAUCAGGAAGCAAAACGGAUCAGACUCUGACUGGGCUUACCGAAGAACAAGCUAAAUCAGUUUGCCUGUUUCGUCGUGCCGUGCUUUUAUGUGUCGACAAUGACCUCCUCUCGGUUGGAAUUAUUUCGAAGCGCCUUUCAAUUGAAACAAAUAUCGCCCGAGGGCUUCUAAACAGACUGCAAGACGAAGGUGCUGUUAAAGACGUUCGUGGUAGGGGCGGUAACAAGGCCGUUUUGAAGGCUCAUGUUGAGGCCAUUCUGUUGCCACGUUUCUUCUCCCUCUCUACUGAGUCUCACAACGUCCAGGUAACAAGCGAUUUUGUUCCUCUUGACUUUCGGCCAACUGUAUUUAUUAUUGUUCGAAUUGCCUUACAGGAUGAAGCAAAACAGUUGGGAAAACGUGCUGCGGCUACAAAGGGGAAGCGCGGCGGUGGUACAUCCGAGAUGAGUAGUCUCGCUUCGGCUACUGAAGAUUUGCAAAUUGGGAACGAAAUUAGCAUCCUCAGUCAAGAAUCCACCGAUUCCCCGAGACCAAGCAAAAGGCGCCGCACCUACAACACGGUCAACACGCCUAUACCAGUGGCUCCUCAUUGA